AUGUCUCAGCGAGCUUCGGUGGUCAAGUACCUUCAUUCGAAGAAGGAUACUCAACUUUCCGGCUAUGACAUGAACGAAUUAACCAGGGUUUUGGCCAACAAUGACAUCCAUUCACCUGAAAUGUCAGACCCAGCAAAAUUUGAUCACCAUUCAACUAAUGUUCUGUAUGUCAAAUGA